AUGGCAAAAAAUAUGGUGUAUAAUGCUAUUAAUAGAGAAGAAUAUGAGAAGAUAUCAAGCCGUGAAACUGCAAAGGAAAUGUGGGAUAAAUUAGAGGUCACAUAUGAAGGAACCAACAAAGUGAAAGAAACAAGGAUUAAUCUCCUAGUUCGAGACUAUGAAUUAUUUCAAAUGAAGGAUGGAGAAUCAAUAGAGGAAAUGUUCUCCAGGUUCAGAAAAAUCCUUGGAGACUUAAAAUCUUUUGGUAGACAAAUCAAAAGCGGAGAACAAGUCAGAAAAAUUUUGAGAGGUCUUCCCACAAUUUGGCAACCCAAAGUCAUUGUCUUGGAAUGUCAGGAUCUUGACAAAAUAUCAAAUGAUGAACUUAGAGGUGAUCUAAUUGUAUUUGAGAAAACACGCUUAGACAGGCAGAUUCAACAAGAAAAGAAGAAGACAUUUGAUUUCAAAGCAACUAUGACCAAACCAGAAAAUGAGGAAGAAGAGGAAAGAGGAGAACAAGAUGAAAACAUAGCUAUGCUCUCAAAAGUUGUAACAAAUAUGAUGAGGAAGAAGAGAAAUAGCAGGAGAGGUAAAUCAAACUUUAGAAAAAGUAGGAUGAACAAUGAUAAUGAUAAAAAUGAUGGAAGUUUCUAUGAAUGUGGAAAACAUAGACACACUCAAGCCGAAUGCCCUGAACUGAAGAAGAAACUAAGUAAGAAUUUUCAAAAGAAGAAGUCCUUUGGAGCUUGGAGUGAUGAAGAAGAAUAUGAUCAUCAAGAAAUUACAAAUAUGUAUUUCAUGGCCAUAAAAGAAGACAACAAUGAGGACUUAUGGGAUCUUGGACUCAUGGCAGACGAAGGAAUAGGUGAGGAAGAGGACUUAGGUGAACUUGGUCUUAUGACAGACGAAGGAACUAGUGAGGUACGUCUUCCUACAUGUCUUAAUUAUUAUGAACUCCAAGAAUUUGUUGAUAUUGCUCUCGUAGAUAUUCAGAGAGUUCUAAAUGAACCCAAAAAAGUCAAAAGAGAAAAGACAGACUGGGCUUUGAAGUUGGAAAUCUGUGAAAUUGAGCGAGAUAUGCUUCAAGAUAAAAUUGAUGAACUUCAACUUCAAUUGAAAGGAUUGCGAAAAUCCACCAGUCAUAGUUCUAUUAGAUCAAAUCAGAUUACUCCUCAUACACCUUUGAUUAGAACUAGAAAUUCUACUACAUGUACUUCUUGUGAUAAAAUAAUUACAACACUAACCAAUGCAGGAAUAGAAUCAGAGCAGAAAAAGACUCUGAAAAUCCCAAUAAUCUUUCUUGUUUUUAUUGUGGACAACUUGGCCACACUUCUAACCAUUGCAGGUUCAAGAACAACAGGAGAUGGGUUUGGCGACCUAAAUCUUCUAGUUAAGAUAAUACUCAGAGCUCUAACCAUUCAGGACCCAAGCAGACUUGGGUUGGUCACCAAACUAGAUGGAGGAAUAGUUACCUUUGGAGAUAAAUCAAAAGGAAAUGUAAAUGGAGUUGGAAGGGUUCCUCUUACCUCAACAUAUGAUGUAGAUGAAGUGUAUCUGGUUGAUGAACUUGAUUACAAUCUUCUCAGUAUCAGUCAACUAUGUAAUAAUGACUACGAGGUUCAUUUCAAAAAAUAUGGUUGGUUUACUGAAAAUGAAUCAGGUAAAGUUAUUCUCUCUAGAAAUAGGGAUAGAAAUGUCUAUACUAUCAGUAACUUAGAUAGUUUUGGUAAUCAAAUCUGUCUAGCUUCUAUAAUUGAUGACCUUUGGGUAUGGCAUAGAAAACUUGGUCAUGCCAGCAUGCAUACUAUUCAUAAACGUUUCAAAAAUGAUCUUGUCAUUGGUCUUCCAAAAGUAGAUUUUUCAAAAGAUCAAAUUUGUGAUGCAUGUCAACUAGGAAAACAAACCAGGUCCUCUUUUAAAGCCAAAGAUAUUGUUUCUACUACAAAGCCUCUUCAAAUCCUGCAUAUGGAUCUUUUUGGGCCUACUAGAACUGCUAGCAUAGGUUGUAGAAAGUAUGCCUUCGUUAGAGUAGAUGAUUUUUCUCGAUUCAUCAGAGUUAUUUUUCUAAGUCACAAGGAUGAGGCAUUAAGGAACUUUGAAGUCUUCAGCAAGAAAGUGCAGUUAGAAAAGGGUCUGCGUUUCAUGCUCACAGGUGCAG